AACCACCUUGGCUCGCAACAUAGGUGAUUCACCCGCUCUCCGAACUACGAAAGGUUAAACUACGUUGUGGGCGGAACGGUUCCGAGUAAUGGCGACCGUGCCUUAGAUGUUGCCGAGGUUUGGGAAAAUGAAGCGAAGAAGAAGUUGUCUCUGUUAAUUCAAACGCCGAGUUUCCCCGGAGGAAGACUUUGCGUCCGGUACAUCCAGCUUUCCCACUUGUUCAACGUGACCGUACUUUGGAACUUUUUCGCCGCCGAAAUGAUGAAGCUCAAGUCUAACCAGACCCGAACUUACGACGGGGAUGGCUACAAGAAGCGGGCAGCCUGCCUGUGCUUCAGGAGCGAGUCGGAGGAGGAGGUUCUGCUGGUAAGCAGCAGUCGACACCCAGACAAGUGGAUUGUUCCUGGGGGAGGAAUGGAGCCUGAAGAGGAGCCCAAUGUUGCUGCAGCACGGGAAGUUUGUGAGGAGGCCGGUGUGAAGGGGACUCUCGGUCGCUUGGUUGGCGUGUUUGAGAACCAGGAGAGGAAACAUAGAACCUACGUCUACGUUCUGAUUGUCACAGAGGUUCUGGACGACUGGGAAGACCUCGUCAGCAUCGGCAGGAAAAGGGAAUGGUUCAAAAUAGGCGAUGCCGUCCAAUUGUUGCAGUGUCACAAGCCGGUGCAGGCCACCUACUUCGAGGCUCUGCAGGAGAGCUGCCUGACCAGUAACGGAACACCCCUGGUGGCCACGAUAGGCGGAGACCUCUCCCCCACCUACAGCAUCAAUCAGAGCUCCGUGUCUGGUAUCAGAUAACUAAAAGCAUCACUGAAACCUCCCAAAGCUUUCACCACCACUUGCGCUCUUAUUUGUGUUCUACUCUUCUUCUCUCUGCUCUCUCUAAGACAUGGUUUGCCUUGCCAACUACUUUGUGCCAGAUCGGUGGCACAGACUUGACAAGUGAAAGACACUUUGUAUGUUUUUUUUCUCCCGACGCCCUUUCCUCCAUUCAGAUUUUCUUUCGACUGAAACUGCAUGAACUGUCCUCGGCUCGCCCCAACCCUGCCCCUCCCCUCCGCACCCUUAGCGCGGUGUUUAUUGAAUGCAAGAACUACUUUUUACUGUCGUCACGUAAAAGUGUAAACUUAGUGCUUCAACAGAAGGCUUUCGGUGGUCCCUUUUAAGGUGUCCUCCAUUUAUUUGUUUCUGUGUAUGAAUGUUCCCCUCCAUGUGCUGCCCGCCCCCCUCUUGUUUAUGAGGAUAGGAACUAUUUGGAUACGUGGGAAGUGACUAGUCUUGCAUGAGCACCGUGACGCCCCGUGCAGACUCGUGGUGAGGCUCGUUUUCUGUUGCUCCUUCUCGUGUUCGUGUAUGUCUCUUAUAAACUUGUUUCUCUCAGAAGCCAAUCACUACAGUUUCACUCUGAACUGGGAGUGAAGGAAUGUCAGCCUGUAAUGUAAAGCCACCCACACUUUCCCACCGAGUCCCGACACUGAAGAAGACAAACGUGUCGUCCAAACUGCCCGCCUCAGUCUCAAACCUGCAAAUAAUGACGUGCUGGGAUCUGUGGCCGAUUGUGACGUGGUGCACAGAAGAAGAGAAGCGGCUUGCUCAGACGCCAGCCAGGCCACUGAUGGAGGUUGUGACGCGGUGCAUGUUUGGUGGUGGAGCUGUGAGAGACGCUUCUGUUAAGAUGCUGCUAAUGGAGGCGUGCGUGAGAGACUUAAAGUGAGAGGAAGGUGUGUUGUUGAGCGGUUAUUCCAGCAUUCUCUCCCCCGAUGGACCCUUUUCUACUGAUGCGACCGUCUCCUUGUCAUAUGGGUGUAGCAAGGAACCCCUGGCAUUCUUCUGUCCGUUAUGGAUCUCCAGCGACGAACUCGUCUUCCUAACCGUGGCACCAGGCCAGUCCACUUCACGCUUGGACACAAUCUUCACAUAUCAGCUUCACAUUUCAGUUUCCUACUUUAGCUCCCGCCCGUGUCUCUUUCCAUUGUUUACAUGUGUUGAUCGUACCGGUGACUCUAGCGAGCACUUUUCAUCAUAUUUCUUUGAUCUUCUCCACCUUCCUCAUGUUUAGUGUUGCAUCUGCAUCUCCUGAAAAAGCAGUCCAAACAGCUUGUGGGAGCAGUGCAGAACAAACAAGCCUUGUACAGUUUGACACCUUGUUUUUAACAUGAAAAAUGCUUUUGGAUACUAGUUUUUUUUGUUUGUUUGUUUUCUCUAACGUUGGCUCUUUGGCUGAGCGGGUCGCUCUGCCUGGUGCGCGCUCGUGCAGCUGGCUCAAUACUGUGAAACUGGAGGCGCUGUAGAUAGCAAGUCAGAGAGUUUUAUUGUAUAAUUGUUUAUUUCUGUAUAGAUCAAAGGCUGGAGGACAAAUGACAACAACUCGCCGGCGGUCUGUGAUGCUGCACGUCAUUUCAACGCAGGCUGGAAGAACUGAUUAAAACAUGGCACUAGUUUUUAGAACGAUUCUUUUGACCUUGUUAAGAUUUGACAGACGAUGGAGGCUGGAGUGAAACCGCCAGGAUUCCUUGGCCGACUUCGAGUCACGGUUAACAUUUCUCUGCUGUCAUGAAGGCUGCUGAAGAACAAGUAGUUGAAGCUCAGAUGACUCUUCUGUCCGGCCGCUGACCGUGGCUGAUGAACAACCACCACUGGUUUUGGGAAGAAGAGAAGAUUGUCAGUCGUCUUUUUCUUCAAAAUCUGUGGCACUUGGUAAUCACUUGUAAAAUAGUUGAGUGACGGCAAAGUUGUCCUCUAAUCUGAGUCAGCUGGGGGAAGUUGAUCUGAUCUCACAAUAUUUGCAUUGGAUAAAUCCUUUUUCGGUUGGUUUUCCGCACAUUUUGAGACUCCACUUACCGUGGUGUGUCAAUAAAGUUUCACAUGGACGUUGAGUAACUUUUGAGUCCUUAACUUUAACUGUUUAAUGUGACUUGGAGUCGUUGCAUUCAAACAAGACACUUUGGCAAUGUCAGAGCUCAGACAUUCCAACUGCAACUUUCCUCUCACCCAACCGUUUAGUUCAAAUGACUUGAAGCAGGUUUCAGUCGCCGGAAGCUUCUCGCAGACCGAAUGUCGUUCUCUUUUGCAAGCAAAUGUUUCCCCAUCAUUCAGAGCACCGGCUGUCCUGCGACUGAAACCCAGAGUCCCGCUUUUCACUGUGCUGGCGUCCGUCGCAUUUGUGUGACUUUGACCUCAGUGCUUAUCACCGUCUGGCAUGAGGGCGUGGUGGUCGAAGUCCCCGUUUACGACGCUCUUAUCGGGUCUUUGUGAUGUUUAAAGAGACAACCGAACCCUGAGUAAACAUCAGUCCAGGUGUGCCAGGUACGGCGACGGGAUUCAGCCAGAGAUUGUUGUUAACCACUUCUUCUUUGCUUGCCGUUUCCAUUUGUUCUCUUGUUUUUGAAACUAGCUGUAAAUAGCUGACGCUGCCCCCCUCACGUCCCCCCCCUGCAGCGGGUGGAAGGAGCGAUUAGUAGGAUUUGUUAUUUUUAACUUAAAAUUUCUCGAUUUAAUGGACUCUGUGAUUGAUGCGUCUCUGUGUGGUGAGAAAACUGUCAGGCUCUGAGGCCUUCAGGCUUCGGGACGCUUGAUCUGGAGAUCAGCGAAAAGAGGGGUCUAUCGCCCUCUCUAGUGGCCAAAGUGGGUACUGCGUCCUCCGAUUGAAUUUCCACCCUUCAAACACAUGAAGAACGUCAACACUCACAGAAGUUUACCUCAGCCUUGAAGUUACAUACGUGUAAAUGUGUUUGACAAGGUCCAUGUGUCACUGGAGCUCUUUCAUUUUCUCGUCAUUUUUUGGGGACUGUGGAAUAAAACCAGUGCGAGAAGACUGAAGAUUGUAAUAUAAAUGUGCCAACAAAUAAAACACCAGUAUUUCACAUUUGUGCCU